AUGCUGGACCAAGGCGAGCUCGGCACGGCCAUGAAGGUCCUCUCCAAGGAGUCUGCUGAUACCGUUCGUGGCUGGUUCUCGGGAGGGCAGGCGGGCGAGUCCUACGAGCCACUUCUUGAAGACGAGGAAGCAGAUCUUUCGGCAGAUCUGUCUGAACUAUCGUACGAAGAAGAAAAACCAGUCGAGUACACCAGAAGAAGUUGGUUUCGAUGGCGCCGUUUCCAUGCACGACGCAUCUUCUGGACCUUGGUGCCAUCGUUCGUGGCCCACGCGUACGGCCAUGGGGACGAAAAUUCAGUAGUCCCUGAUUCUCACCCAACGUCGUACCUGAACGGCCUCCGUGGCAUCGCGGCAAUGGUUGUCAUUAUCCUCCACUACACUGAUGAUGUGAGCAUUCAUUGA